AUGGCGCAACCCGGCACCCCGCGCUUCGGCGGCGGCCGCGUUCCCGUCGACUCGCCCGACGUCGCCUCGUUGACGCUCCUCAACCCGCUCCCCGUGUGGGCCAGGUGCUACGUCCUGCCCUGGCUCGUCGCGUACCCGCUCGCGUACCACGCCUUCUUCAACGAGUACGACCAGUGGAUCAAGUCGAUCGAAUGGACCUUCCUCCUAAGCAUCGUCCUGUUUGGCGGCCACGCCCUGUCGUUCCUGUUCACGCGGUGGAGCAUCUCGUUCCGGUCGCGCGGCGAGGCGAGCCGCACCAACCACCUCGACUCGGCCCACAUGGUCAUGGUCCUCCCCAAGCUGCACCGCGGCAAGCCGGGCUUCUGCACCCUCGAGCACACAAAGCGUCCCGGCCAGCACGACCUCAUCUUCUUCUCGUACCAGCGCGACAAGUACCAGUUCGACCCGGCGACGCAGCGCUUCACCCGCAUCGCGUACCCGUGCGACUCGGCGCCCGCGCUGUCGACCUUCCACGCGGCGUCGGGCGGGCUCAAGACGGCGGCCGACAUCGAGACGGCGAGGGCCAACUACGGCAAGAACCACUUUGACAUCCCCGUGCCGACUUUUGGCGAGCUGUUUGCCGAGCACGCCGUCGCGCCCUUCUUCGUGUUCCAGGUCUUCUGCGCCGGCUUGUGGUGCAUGGACGAGUACUGGUACUACUCCCUGUUCACGCUCUUCAUGUUGAUCGUGUUCGAGUGCACGACCGUCUUCCAGCGCCUGCGCACGGUCAACGAGUUCCGCAGCAUGUCGAUCAAGCCGUACGCCAUCAUGACCCGCCGCGAGGCCAAGUGGGUCGAGGUCCAGACGGACGAGCUCCUGCCCGGCGACGUCGUCAGCAUCGUGCGCACCAAGGAGGACUCGGGCAUCCCGUGCGACCUGCUCCUCUUGCGCGGCUCGUGCAUCGUCAACGAGGCCAUGCUCUCGGGCGAGUCGACGCCGCUCCUCAAAGAGUCGGUCGAGGUGCGGCCCGGGUCGGACAAGCUCGACAUUGACGGCGUCGACCGCAACUCGAUCCUGUUUGGCGGCACAAAGGUCCUCCAGGCGACCGGGCUCGACCACAAGGACGGCGCCGCCGCGCCCGACGGUGGGUGCCUCGCCAUCGUGCUCCGCACCGGGUUCGGCACCUCGCAGGGCCAGCUCAUCCGCACCAUGAUCUUUUCGACCGAGACGGUGACGGCCAACAACAUCGAGUCGUUCCUCUUUAUUGGGUUCCUCCUCGUCUUUGCGCUCGCCGCGAGCGCCUACGUGUGGGUCAAGGGCCUCGAGCAGGACCGCAAGCGCUCAAAGUUGCUCCUCGACUGCGUCAUCAUCAUCACGUCGGUCGUCCCGCCCGAGCUCCCCAUGGAGCUCUCGAUGGCCGUCAACGCGUCCCUCGUCGCCCUCAGCAAGUACUCCAUCUUCUGCACCGAGCCGUUCCGGAUCCCGUUCGCCGGUCGCGUCGACAUCUGCUGCUUUGACAAGACGGGCACCAUCACGGGCGAGGACCUCGUCGUCGAGGGUGUCGCCGGCGUCGACUCGAACGACCACCAGAAGCUCGUGCCCGUCACCGACGUCAGCCUCGAGACGUCGCUCACGCUCGCCGCCGCCCACGCGCUCGUCCUCCUCGACGACGGCGUCGUCGGCGACCCGAUGGAAAAGACGACGCUCGACGCCCUCAAGUGGAAGCUGUCGGCGGGCGACAAGAUCACGCCGACGGCCGACGCGCUCCACAAGAAGGACAACGUGUCGGUCACGGUCCGCCGCCGGUUCCAGUUCUCGUCGCAGCUCAAGCGCAUGUCGACCAUCUCGCUCGUCCACACGCCGGCCGGCCAGCGCACGCUCGUCGCCGUCAAGGGCGCGCCCGAGACGCUCAAGGCCAUGUUCACCUCGGUCCCGCACGACUACGAGCGCACGUACAAGGGCUACGCCCAGCGUGGCUCUCGCGUCCUCGCCCUCGGGUACAAGUUUGUCGACGGCAUGAACAAGGGCGACGUGACGACCAUCGCGCGCGACGCCGUCGAGAAGGACCUCGUCUUUGCCGGGUUCCUCGUGUUCCACUGCCCGCUCAAGCCCGACGCCGUCAAGACGCUCAAGGAGCUCGCCGACUCGAGUCACCGCUGCGUCAUGAUCACGGGCGACAACCCGCUCACGGCGGCGCACGUCGCACGCGAGGUCGAGAUUGUCGACCGCCAGGUCCUCAUCCUCGACCUCAAGGAGGGCGCAAAGUCCGAGUCCGACCUCACGUGGCGCACCGCCGACGAGUCGGUCGUCAUCCCUGUCGACCCGUCCGAGCCGCUCGACACGUCCCUGUUCGACCGCUACGACAUCUGCAUGACGGGCGCCGCGCUCAAGCAGUACGCCGACCGCCGCGAGUCGUGGCACCAGCUCGUCCAGCACACGUGGGUCUACGCGCGUGUGUCACCGGCGCAGAAGGAGUUCAUCCUCACGACGCUCAAGAGCCUCGGGUUUGUCACGCUCAUGGCCGGCGACGGCACCAACGACGUCGGCGCGCUCAAGCAGGCCAACAUUGGCGUCGCGCUCCUCAACGGCACCGAGGACGACCUCAAGGCGAUCCUCGAGCACCAGAAGAAGGAGCGCGUCAAAAAGGUGUACGAGCAGCAGCUGCGCAUCACGAGCCGCUUUGGGCAGCCGCCGCCGCCGGUGCCGCCCAUGAUCGCCGACCUGUUCCCCGACGCGGUCAAGGCCCAGCAGGAGGCCGCCAAGCUCGUCCAGAGCGACAAGGCCAAGGGCAAGGCGUCCAAGUUUGACGUGUCGGCCAUCUCGGAGCAGCUGUCGAACCUCGAGGACGACCAGGAGGUGCCGCAGAUCAAGCUCGGCGACGCGUCGGUCGCGGCGCCGUUCACGUCCAAGCUCGCCAACGUCGCCGCCAUCACGCACAUCAUCCGCCAGGGUCGUUGCACGCUCGUCGCGACGAUCCAGAUGUACAAGAUCCUCGCGCUCAACUGCCUCAUCUCGGCGUGGGCGCUCUCGGUCCAGUACCUGCAGGGCAUCAAGUUUGGCGACUACCAGGUGACGAUCACGGGCGUCCUCAUGUCGGUGUGCUUCAUGUGCAUCUCGCGUGCCCGGCCCGUCGACCGCCUGAGCAAGGAGCGGCCCCUGUCGAGCAUCUUCAACCUCUACGUCGUCGGCUCGAUCCUCGUCCAGUUUGCGAUCCACGUCGCCGCCUUCAUCUACCUCACCAACCUGUGCGAGGUGUACGAGCCGCAAGCCGGUCUCGAGGUCGACCUCGACGCCAAGUUCUCGCCCAACCUCCUCAACUCGUGCAUCUACCUCAUCUCGCUCAGUCAGCAAAUCUCGACCUUUGUCGUCAACUUCCAGGGCCGGCCGUUCCGCGAGAACAUUUCCGAGAACUCGGCCCUGUACUACGGCCUGCUCGGCGUCGCCGCCGUCGCCUUUUCGGGCGCGACCGACUUUGUCCCCGAGUUCAACCGGUGGCUCCAGCUCGUCGACAUGGACACGUCGUUCCGCACCAAGCUGUGCGUCGUCAUGGCCGCCGACUUUGCCGGCGCGUGGGUCGUCGACAUUGCGCUCAAGACCCUCUUUGCCAACAACAAGCCCAAGGAGAUCAUCAAGCGCGGCGCCGAGCGGCGCGAGGCGAGGCGCGAGGCCGAGAAGCGCGAGCAGGAGGCCGACGAGGUGGUCAAGAAGGAGCAGUGAGAGAGGGGCGUCGUCGGGUCUUCCUCUUUAGAGUUCUCUCUUUCCCUCGCACUGCAAAAUGGUUUCCGUCUCCGUAC